GGAAGUGGACACAUUGUUUACAUGCUCCUCUUUGUUUAGUGGAUGUUCCGCCAAAAUGUCCAAAAAACGCUCUAAGAGCACCGAGGCGCGCAUUCUGCGGGACGACCGCAGCCUGCUGGCGGCCAUCGACGAGCAGCUGUCUGCGGCUGCCGAGGAGAUCUUCUGGCUGCUGAAGGAGCGCGGACAGGUGAAGAUGGAGCAGCUGAAGGAGAAGGUGACGGAGCGGAUUAACGCCGCCGUGGAGAUCAUCUUCACGGCUUUUGGUGUCUCCAGAGCGGAGGCGACGGUACCACAGGAGCCCGACGAGAGAGAAUAUUGCCCCUCUGAUGGACAUCAGAAGCAGGACGAUCAGGACCAUCUGAAGGACCUUCUGACCAACACUUCCUCCAGACCACAUUGUGUUUCUGAUCCGGCCGGUGACCACGAAGAGGACCAGAGUGACGAAGAGGGCCCCCCCCACUGCUGCAGAGUGUGCAGGAAGUCUUUCAACAGGAAAGGCUUUUUGAUGAAACACGUGGAGAAACACCUAAAAGAAGCAGAGUGUGUUUGUGGUCUGUGUGGCGAGCGCUUGGAGUCCAGUGAUGGCCUCAGGCUGCACCUCCAAACGCAUCGCGACAGCAGCAGGACUUGCCACAUAUGCAGCAAGAAGUUCCCCUCGAUCCGUGCUCUGGAGACCCACCUGAGGCUGCACACCGGAGAGAAACCAUUUGGCUGCCAUAUCUGCGGAAAAGGCUUUAAUCAGAAGGGAAACAUGUUGACUCACAUGAGGAUCCACACAGCAAAGAAGCCGUUCAGGUGCGUUGUGUGUCACAAAGAGUUCAGCCACGCCGGCUCUCUGGAGCGGCACAUUAAAGUCCACAACGGACAGGCGCCUUUCAGCUGCAAAGGGUGCGGGAAAAGCUUCGGCAAGAGCGCCGAACUGAGGCGACAUGUCCGGAUUCACGAGCCCGCCGACGUGCGCGCUGCCAGAAGCAGACACAGGAAACCGAGUCUGACUCCUUCUCACUGCUGCAAGGUCUGCGGGAACGCCUUCCACAACAAAGGAAACUUUGUGCGACACGCAGAGACUCACGUGAACGCGGCCGAAUGCCGCUGUGGCGUAUGCGGAGAGCAGUUGGAGUCCUCGGAGAGUCUGCAGCUUCACGUCCAGAGCCACAGAGAAGCCAACCGGAUGUGUGACAUCUGUGGCAUCAGCUUCAGGGACAUGGAGAUCCACAUGAGGACGCACACCGGACAGAAACCGUUCCAUUGCAAAGCCUGCGGCAAAGACUUCCCCAGGAAGGGCUCUCUGGAGAGACACAUGAAGCUGCACGCCGACGAAAGGCCAUUUAUUUGUGAGUUCUGUGGGAAGACUUUCAUUGAAAGCACUGUCCUGAAGAGACACAUCAAGAGCCACACUGGAGGGAAGCCCAGAAUCUAUAAAUGUGACAUCUGCAGCAAAACAUUCACCAUGAGCCAGCACCUAGAUGUGCAUAAAAGGAUCCACACUGGGGAGAAACCAUACACCUGCAGGGUCUGCGGGAAGAACUUCCGUCAAAUCGGCAACCUGGACUCCCACAUGAGGAUCCACACCGGUGAGAAGCCCUUCAUCUGCAGUCUCUGUGGGAAGAGGUUUCGCCAAAAGAUUUCACUGGAGACGCAUGAGAGGUUCCAUAAGAAGGAGAAACCAUUCAGCUGCCAGCUCUGCAGCAAAGGCUUCGUCCAGAAGAUCGAUCUGAAGAGACACAUGCUGACGCACACGGGGGAGAAACCCUACAGCUGCAACGUCUGUGGAAAAAGCUACCAGGAGAAACGCUCGGUGGACGCUCACAUGAAGGUCCACAGCGGAGAAGGAGCUGCGAGGGACUCUGGGAGGACACCAAACCUAAGCCCCCAGGAGGAAUGUGACACCAACUUCAUCCAGCUGUGACCCUCUGGCCAGCUGGAUGUACACACACACACACACAUACAGUAUAUGAAUACAUACUUACACAUAUGUAGUGUUUAGGGACUACUUUAUAUCGCUGAAAGGUUUUAGAUGCUUUUCUCUGAAAUAGUCUCUUUACUAACAGAUGUUACUUCAUUAGACGUUCUAACUCAACAAUCUUUAAUGGUUCAGGAGGAAAGAGACAAAGAUCCUCUGAGCAAUUUAAGUAUAUAACAUCACAGUGUACAGACUUUGAAUCACUUAAUAUACCAAUCAAACAUCUGGAGUUUUUUUUCCUCUGUUAAAAAGGUUUUAUUGAAGAUAACACAUUAUUACAAUUUGUAUUACAGCUGGUUGUCUUUGGUAGUUGUAAGGUAGUAAUAAGUGAACUUAUUCUGUCUGUGAAAUUGGAGACUUUUAUAUUGAAAAAAACUUGUGAGUUAAAUGAAGCAUAAAGGUACACACGGCUUUCUUACCUGUAGUGGAAAUUUGUGGAUAAUGUCCUUGUGAGAAAUAAAAAGUAUCUUAAACUCGUUUGUGAUUAAGUAUUUAUUAGCAACUAGAAUAAAGAACAAUCAGAAAGAAUACAGAAGUUAUCAACACAAGUCAUAAGCAAAGACAGAUGUUCUUUAUAGUGGAGGUUUAGUCUGAAGAGGUGUGUCUUUAGUGUGAAGAUGUGAAGGCUCUCUGUGGUUCUGAUGUCAUCACAGAGCUCCUUCCACCAUCUAGGAGCAGGACAGCAAAGAGUGGAGAUCUAGUCCAGUGUUCUGCUCUCAGUGAGGAACAAGCAGCUUGAUGUUGGGAUGGAGGGUUUCACCAGGUCCUGGAUGGAGACUGGACCUCAUCCAUUCACAGCAUGCUACGUGAGCACCAGGGCUUUGAACUGGAUGAGGCAGCCCCUGGUAACCAGUGAAGAGAGGAGGAGUGGAGCAGUGUGGGAGAACUUAGGAAGGUUGAAGACCCGUGGAGCUUCUGCAUUGUGGAUGAGCUGCAGAGGUGGAAUGGAGCAGGGAGACCUGACAGGAGACCGUUACAAUAGUCCAGGAGAUGACAAGAGCCUGAAUCAGUACCUGCGCCUCCUUCUGAGUGAGAAGGGGUCAUGUUCUCCUAAUGUUGAAGAGCGUGGACCUACAGGAUCGUGAUGUCGCUGUGAUGUUGGGGGUCAGGCAUCGAGGUUCUAGCAGUCAUAAGUCCUGCCUCGAUCCUUUAUAAUUAAGGAUAAAGAUGGUUUCAUUCUGAUGCUGGACAUUAACUACUGGUGUAUGUCAGAUAUAUGUCAUGAUGCUUGGAAAUUCCUUGAUAUCGACCGUGCGUGUGUGACGCUACUUGUGCGUAACGUUUACGGU